CGAAGGAAAAAUAAUAAAACUCUUGUCUAAAAAAUAUCUAAUUAUUCUAGACGUAGAGUAUUUUGACCUCUUGGACCAGCAUCACUCGUUCCGCAAAAUUCCGAUUGGAAUAAACUAGCAAAACGUGGGCUCUGCAAUUUUCUUUGCAUCGAUAAACUUGAGUUAUCGACUCAUCGCAUUCCAAUUCUUACUUGGGCGGUUAUAAUCUGGUCGUCGGCCUUUCAGAAGGAUUAUGGCGAAGGCUCCGGUGGCAUUAGCGGCGAUUUUAUUUGUUCUGACGGCUCAGCUGCCUUUGGGACUCACGUUUUCCACUGGCCCGGCAUUUCUAUGGUCGCCUAAUCUAGAUGGAAAGAAAGGAAUUGUGGAUUAUAGAGUUCUCUCUCCAAGAGAAAUGGCCAAGUCCGCAUUGACAGAUGGUGGAUGGCGGGAAUAUUUGUGCUCAGGAGAGGAAGCCCAACACUCUAAGAAUUUUGCAUUCCUUUUUGUUGGGUCUGAGUUGCAAUCACUGGAUCUAUCCAGACCCUCAAAUGUCGGUCGUGCUCUUGUAGACUUGCUCAAGGACUCUUUCUCGAACUCCAGUCUCUCUUUGGUAUUUCCUUACAUUGCUGCUGGAGAGGAGAAUGUGGCCGUAGAAAGCUCUCUAAUUUCGGAGUUGUCUAAUACUUGUCAUCGUGAGUUUGGGAUUGGCCGUAUUGCUACUGUUGGAUCGUGUUCUGUUGAGGGUGAAAACUUCGAUAAUCUGAACGAUGUUGACUCAGUUCAUGACUACUUGAAUGCAAGGAUCGAGAAAUCUGACGGACGUAGGGAUCUGAUUGUGUUGUGCCCUGGAGGUUCAGAAGACUCUGAUCAACCACAUUCUGAGAGCAGCAUUCUUUCUCGACUUUUGAAUACUGUGAGUCAAUUUGGUGUGAAGUACAGUGUUCUCUACAUCUCAGAUCCGUUUAGAGCUUCUAGUUAUUUCUCAAAUCGGGGGGUAGAAAGAUUUCUUGCUGAAGGUGGCUUGGGAAAUGCAUCAGCUAAUUCCACGGCUUGUGAUGGAGUUUGCCAGAUUAAGUCAUCUCUGUUAGAGGGAAUUCUAGUGGGAAUCGUUCUACUUGUGAUUUUGAUAUCGGGGCUUUGCUGCAUGAUGGGAAUUGAUACUCCCACAAGAUUCGAGACUCCACAAGAUUCUUGAUCAAUUUCUUAUGAAGGAUAUAUUGUGUAUUUUUUGGGUGGGUUGCUUGUUUACGCGUGAGUGGAGUAUAAGUUUUACUUAUGUUGUGUACCUCGAGUGACCAAUUAAAAUAAUUGCAUUGGUACGUCCAGUGAUUAUAGCACAAUGGUUACGUAUUGUCUUACCUUUGUUAAUCCUGUGGUUGUUUACUAGUAUUAAAUUUAAAUGUUUUCAUUGUUUAUAACCGUCUCCAGUAUUUCACUGCAAUUUUGAAUUGACCGCAAAAUAGUCAAAAAGUUUUAAGGAACAGAGAAUCUGAUGAGGCUUUAUUUCGAGUUGCUCCCCCUUUCACUCUUUCGUAA